CCAUCAUGGACCUGCACAGCGCGGCGCUGACGUCCAUGGGCAGGUACUGGCUGGGCACCGCCAGGGUCGGCGAGAGCAGCCCGGCCAAGCCGGCGCGGCACGGCCGCGGCGCGCCCGGCCGCGGGUCUCCGCCCCUCGAAGUGUAGGCGGGCACUGCCCUGCGCGUGGCUUGGGACGUGCUCCUGGGACACGCUGGUCUAUCCGCGCUGUGAGCGGCGCGUCGCGAAGGGCGCCAACUGCCUCCCAACACCGGCCACACCGAUCCUGGGACCAGGAUCGGCAAGGUCACGAUCAUGUGAGGUGUAUGGUAGUCGUCCUCCAGUUGAGCGUGGACCGGGUCGUGCUCCGCGCUGUGGGCUCGCGGCGAGUCGGGGAUGUUGGGUCGUUGCGCUCCGUUGUUCGGAUGUGUCUUAGACCUCGUGCCCUCGUCAAGAAGCGCGGGGAGCGACCAGGCUUCGGUUCGGAGCUGGUACGUAACCAUCACCCUGCGCAUUUCGAGAUCUGA